AUGCAAACAAUAAGACUCGUAAUCGGCAGCUCAUCUCUUGGUACUUUUAACAAUAAUGGUACGAAAUCUAUUCGAAAUCUUUCGCAAGAUUUUAAAUCUUCUGAAGGAUUAUUGGAAAGUUUCGAAACUUUGAAACAAGCUCUUGAAGUCUUUUUGAGAAAUCAGAUUUCAAAUAAUGUUGAAGAUGAAAGAUCUGAUUUGAAAAAUUUCAGAAUCAGUUUUGUAAUCAAAUCAAAGUUUAAUAAAAAACCAUCACCACUUCGAAACGAAUCUGAUUUUUCCCGUUUGGUUGAAUUAGUGAAGAAAGUAGAGGAGGCACAAAUGUUAGUAAUUCGAAUGGAUUUGAAAAAGAAAAAUAAACUUAUUCGAAACAAGAGAAACUUGGAAAAGGAUGAAGAAAUCGAAGCUAAAAAGAAUCAAAUAAAAAGUUUGCAAAAUGAAAUUGAAUCCAAACGACAAGAGCUGAAAAACUUAACUUUGGAAUUGAAGGAUCUUUACAAUACUAAGAAAUCUGAGGAUCAACUGGUUGGAUUGAUGAAUAAGAUAUCUCUCGAUCAACCAUCUAAACCAUACAAUUCCACACACAAUUCGAAAAAGAUAAAAUAUAAGAAAUAA